CCGUUCAGACGAGGAACAGAUGAAGAAUCCGUCUCCGGUUCAUCAGAUCCGUCUGGACUUCCUGUCAAACACAAACUCCCUCCAUCAGCGGCGGCGGCGGCGGCCGUGUGAAUAAUUGACGAGCCCUCCCUCCCCUCCGCUCGUCUCUCUGCGUCUCUUUCCAUCACUCCGUCUUUGUCGUGUCGCUCGGCGGGCCGUGACCGCCAGCCCUCCCCCCUCCCGCCUCCGGUUUCCACCUGCUGCUGACUGGAUGCUGACGGCUGUCGGCAGGUAGUCGCUGGGAUCGGAUCAUCCGGAGCAGCUGCUGCAGGAAGAUGUUGAGCUUUGUGGGCCAGAUGAUGUUACUCCUCCGGUUGGUGGCCCCGGUGUCCUCCAGGUCCAACAUGACGAGGUGCGAUCCAGGCUGCGACUGUCGAGAAGACCUCCGCUUCACCAUCUGCUCCAGAGCCCUCUUCACCCAGCCGCCCGGCACCGUCCCCGACUCCACCGAGCUCCUGGACCUCUCCGACAACCUGAUCUCCAUCAUCCCCAAACACGCCUUUGUCAAGAACCGCAAGCUGAGGGUGCUGCUGCUGCAGAACAACAACAUCAGCGCGGUGGAGGACGGCAGCUUCUCUCAGUUGGAGUUCCUGCAGAAACUGGACCUGAGCUGGAACCGGAUCUCCUCGCUGACGGCGGGGUUCUCCGUGGGCCUGACUUUCCUGCGGGAGCUGCAACUGGCCCACAACCACUUGACCAGCCUGGACACGCAGAGCUUCCUGCACCUGGACAGCCUGCAGAGGUUAAACCUGACCGGCAACCGCAUCCAAACCAUCCACAGUCGCUCCUUCACCUCCAUGAGCAGCCUGCGCCAGCUCCACCUGGAGGACAACAAGCUGACCUCCCUGACGAGCGGCGCUUUCUCCAUGCUGCGCUCCCUCGAGAUCCUAAAUCUUGCUGGGAACCACAUUGGCGCCAUGGACACGGGCGUCUUCAACCCGCUCACCAGCUUGACGCUCCUCAACCUGGCAGACAACCAGCUGUCCACCGUCUGCUUCAAGACCUUCCUGAGCAUUCACUCCUACAGCACCCACAUCCUGCUGCAGGGGAACCCGUGGAACUGCGAGUGCGAGCUGCAGAGAGUCUUCCGGAAGCUGCGCAGCAUCCAGAGGCUCUUCCUGGACGACUACUACAACCUGACCUGCAGGGAGCCGCCCGUCCUGCAGGGCUACCUGCUGAUGGACGUGGACAGCGAACUGUGCAUCGCAGAGACCGUCACCGUGCUCAUCAUCACCGUCACCGUGGUGAUAACGGUGCUGGCCGCCAUGCUGAUGGGCGAGAGGAAGAGGAAGAAGAGGUCGAAGCGUUUGCACUGGACGCAGCAGGCCGACUUCUCCGACGAGUCGGACUUCUGAGACUUCUCUCUGGUGUCUUCUGACUUUGAGGAAACUCUUUCAGGUCAAACUUUAAUCCCUGAACGCCUGGAAAGAAAUUCCUAAUCCUGUGGAUUUUCCCCUCUGCAUUCACAGUUCAGGGAAUUUUUACCCACAAACUGUAGCCUUUACACUAUCAAUAAAGUUUUCUUUGAAUGUGUUAAGCUA